AUGCAUGCUCAUCACAGCCCAGGCGCCUCCGUCUCCCAGUUCGCAGGGUCGGGUUGUUCGGUGCAGGCGAUCCGUCGUAUCAGCGAGCUCUCUCCAACAUCUCGCGCACAAGCGGGGACCUCUUCUCCUCGACCCUUCAUCUUCUUCACCUCCCUCAAAGGCAGUGCCAUACUUCGUGCUCUCCAGCUCUCGGCCAUGAUGGCCGUCAGGUCGCCGCUUUCUGUUCUUUCGUACCGCGACGCCUCCAGUUCGUCUCUCGAAUCUCCUUCCGCCCCGUUCGGUGUGAGGGACUCGAGUUACUCUGCUCCCGGUUCAGAGUUCAUCAAUGCGGCGGAUACAUUGUCGGUGGCCCCCAAUGACUCGAGCGACGUCGGGGCCGAGGUUGAGGCUAGCCAAGAUAAUGGCGAUGGUGUUGGCAAUGAGAUCACAUCGACCACUUCCGUUCAUACACCAGGACUGACGAUCCAAACAACACCUGCGCGGGUGGAUCACGUCAACCAUGCCAGAUCAGACGAGGACGAGCCACCACAGUCGGUCAUACAUGCCCCACCAGGAUUUGGAGACUUUGUGAGAACUUCCCCUCUUGUCUUCGCCCCGGAUGACUUUCCACAGUCCAUCGGGACCGUACAGGCUUGA